AUGUCGGUGACACCCCCGGCGGAGGAAGCCCGUGCCAAAGCGGCGGAGGAGGCACCUCGGGGUCCCCAGGCGCACCCAGUGGAGGCGCAGCUGGUGGCAAUCUUGGCUCAGGCAGCAAUGGUGGUGGUAGCCCGGGAGGGGCUGCAAGUCCUGGAGGAGGCCCCAGUCCCGGUGGAGGAGGCAGUCCUGGCGGUGGAACUGGCGGUGGUCCAUCCGGUGGCGUUUCUCCUGGCCCGGGAGGUGGUAGUCCUGGCGCCGGGACUGGUAUCGGCCCCGGUGGUGGCGGCCCGGGUGGAGCUCCCCCAGGCCCUGGAGGAGCAAGCCCAGGGGGAGCAAGUCCAGGGGGAACAAGCCCGGGGGGAGCAAGCCCAGGAGAAGCAAGCCCGGGAGGAGCAAGCCCGGGGGGAGCAAGCCCGGGGGGAGCAAGCCCAGGGGGAGCAAGCCCAGGAGGAGCAAGCCCAGGAGGAGCAAGUCCGGGGGGAGGGAGCCCUGGAGGAGGAACUGGUACCAGCCCUGGAGGUUCAUCAUCGGGUGCUCCCGUAA